AAUUUUCACUAUUGACGCUGGUUACAGGCAACGACUUUAUAGAAAGUGUAAGAUAGCUAGCUAGUGACUUGAAGUGAGAAGCUAACAAUUAAAGUAUCACAAUGAAAGACGUAACCGGAUACCUCAAACAACAGCAAAGCAAUAGUACAACACCAGAACUGGCAACAGAAUGGCACACGCUCGAGGAAUUUCACAACAAAAAGUUGUGGCAUCAAUUGACACUCAAUUUGACAGACUUUGUGAAAGAUCCCUAUUUUGCAUCUGGAGAUGGCCUUAUUCAGCUGUAUGAAAACUUCAUCAGUGAUUUUGAGCACAGAAUCAAUCCACUUUCCUUGGUCGAAAUCAUUCUGUUUGUGGCCGCGCAGAUGACAGAUCCCAACACUGCUAUCACCUUCUUGGAGAAAACAAAGGAAAAGGUUAAGAGCAGUGAUGAAGCAGUCAUCCUGUGUAAGACCACAAUCGGCAGCCUGAAGCUUGAAAUCAGCGACCUCCCCGCAACAAAGAAAAUAAUUGAAGAGGCCGAGGAGAUGCUGAACAACCUGCCAGGUGUGACCUCUGUCCAUGGCCGGUUCUAUGACCUGUCCAGCAAAUACUACCGUAUCAUGGGGACUCAUGCCCUCUACUACAAGGAUGCACUGCGCUACCUGGGUUGUGUUGAUAUCAAAGACCUGCCAGAGGCAGAGCAACAAGAGAGAGCAUUCACAUUAGGACUGGCUGGCCUGUUAGGGGAAGGAGUAUACAACUUUGGAGAAUUGCUCAUGCAUCCUGUUUUGGAAUCUCUGAGGAAUACAGACAAGCAGUGGUUGAUUGACACACUUUUUGCAUUUAAUUGUGGGAAUGUGGACAAGUUUCAGAACUUUAAGUCUGCCUGGGGACAGCAGCCGGACCUAGCAGCCCAAGAGCACAAACUCAUGCAAAAGAUCCAGCUGCUGUGUGUGAUGGAGAUGACUUUCACACGCCCAGCCAACCACAGACAGCUGACCUUCCAUGAAAUCGCCCAGAGUGCCAAGAUCCCUGUGACCGAGGUGGAACUACUGGUUAUGAAGGCCCUGUCUGUUGGGCUGAUUAAGGGAAACAUUGAUGAGGUGGAUCAGAAAGUUCAGAUGACCUGGGUCCAGCCAAGGGUAUUGGAUGUACCGCAGAUUAAAGGCAUGAAAGAUCGUCUGGACUUCUGGUGUGGGGACGUCAAGAAUAUGGCCGUUCUGGUGGAGCAGCAGGCCCAGGAUAUCCUCACCUAAUCUCCACAUCUGCGUGUACACCUAUUCUUCUGUUGCCACAGCUUCCUCAACUUAACCUUUUUUUUUAUUGUUCAUAGAAUGGUUAUCAGUAAUGGAAUUGAAGAUUUCUUUGUAUUUAAUAAAAGUAAGCUGGUCCUUUAAUUUUAUGAUCAAAGGCCGCUGUCCUAAAA